GAGAAGGAAAAAUCACAGAAAGAGCGAGACACAGAUAGGAACUUUCACUUUUGAGUAUAGAAGAUCUAACGAGACAAAGAAGAUGUGCUGAAUGUGUAAAGAAUGCAAGAGGUUUGGGACAGAGAGAAACUGAGGGGAGUAUGCAGAGCGAGAGAGAGAGGGAGAGAGGGGGAAAAUGUGAGUCAAGAGGGAGGGAAGUACAGUGGAGAGGUGAUGUAAAAGCAGCUGAGCUCAAAGAGUAAACAGAGCUUCAGACUUCAGCAUGUGUUUAUCUGUCCCGCUGCACGGCCGCAGCCAGCGGAGCCGUCACAACCCUCUCUCUCUGCCCGGCUUCACCCUCCUCAUCAUCUUCCUCCUGUUGGCCCCGGGGACGGCCUGGCCUUAUGAUUACAGGUUCCUGUACAGCUACUGUCCAGGGCCCGAGUGGAGUGUGAUGUGCAGGGGAUGCUGUGAGUAUGAUGUCAUCCGCUGUAAAUGUCCUCUUCAGGGGUCUCCCGUGGGGUACGCCGUGCCCUGCUGUCGUAAUGCGGUGAAUGAGUGCGAUCCCUGCAUCAUACAUCCAGGCUGCAGCAUAUUUGAGAACUGCAAGCGCUGUAACAACGGCACAUGGGGCCCGAGGGACGAUUUCUUUAUAAAAGGGCAGUACUGUGCAGAGUGUCGCCCAGGAUGGUCCGGUGGGGAUUGUUUAACAUGUGGAGGGAUGAUUCAUAAGAGGCAGGGUCACCUGGUGCUGGAGAGUUACCCAAACAAUGCCCGCUGCGAGUGGACGCUGAAAGUGGACCGGCCUUACACCAUUGAUCUGAGGUUCAUGAUGCUCAGCUUGGAGUUCGAGCACAGCUGUCAGUAUGACUAUGUUGAAGUGAGGGAUGGAGACAGCUUGAGCUCGCGUGUGAUUGGUCGUUAUUGUGGAAAUGAACGACCUCCUCCAAUCAAAAGCACUGGCAGUUCCCUGCACAUUCUUUUCAUCUCAGAUGGUUACAAGAACUUUGAUGGGUUUUUUGCCACCUACCAGGAGAGCUCAGAAUGCAGUUCCUCUCCAUGUAUGCAUGACGGCACCUGCAUCUUACACUCCUCUCAUUCCUUCCACUGCGCCUGUCUGGCUGGAUAUACUGGAACGAGAUGUGAACAUGUGCUUGAAUGCAGAAGGCCUUUGAUUCCAGCCCACGGGACUGCAGUGCAUCUGGAUGUAAGGGUUGGAGGACAUGUUCUGUUCCAGUGUGACCCUGGAUACACAUUAAAUGGUUUCCAGAUGGCCGCCUGUCUGCUGGAUGGGUCAUGGAGUACACCAACUCCACAGUGUGUGCCUGACCACAACUGUGGCAUUCCUCCAAAGCCAGAGCAUGGUGAUCACUUCCUUGUUUAUGGACCAAAUGAUAUACUUAUUGCUACACAGUAUUUUUGCUUUAAGCAAUACAAACUGAAUGGAGCCCCUCAGAGAACCUGCCUGGGCAACAACACUUGGAGUGGGACGGCACCAACCUGUGUCAAAGAGCUGGACAUCAUUUCUGGAGCAGAUAAUGAACGAAACAAAGGCAAAGACAAACACAAACAUACUGGACAAGAUGAAGUGGGCCAUUCCAAGAACAAAACUUCAGAAGAAGAAGAAAAUGAGUCAAACCCAGACAAAGAUAGACCAAAAAAACCUCCCGCUGGAAAUGAUGAUGGGGGACUAGAUGUGGAGCUGGGAAAAGAUAUUGGCAAAGAUAUUGGGAGUAAAUUUGUACAAAAGCCUAAAGUUGAAAAUAAGGAGACUGACAGCAACACGAUUGGAAAGAAAGAAACUGGAGGGGAUAAUGACAAUCUUAAACUCCUUGACAAAGAUGGACACCUAAAUAUUAGAGAAAAAGAUGGCAGUCCAAAAAAAGAUUUGGACAUGGAUUUCAUAGAUAUUAUGUUGAUAGACAAUAAUCAGACGGCAAAGGACAAAACCAAAGAUGGCGGCAUGGACAAAGGACAAAAAAUAACCGAUGGACCCCAAUACACCAUAAGCCUGACCGAGGAUGAGAAAGAAAACAUUCUUUAUGAAAUAGAUAUCACACAUAGAGGGAAUAACACUGAAUUUUUAAAUAGGAAUGACAUAGAAGAAAAUUUGGGGACACUGCUUCAAAAAGAAACCAAAGAACUCCCAACAUCUACGACUAGGAAUAUCAGCUCAGGAGUCAUACCUACAGCGAUCAAUAUCAGCACAGCAGUCAUACCUACAGUGAUCAAUAUCAGCACAGCAGUCAUACCUACAGCGAUCAAUAUCAGCACAGGAGUCAUACCAACAGCGAUCAAUAUCAGCACAGCAGUCAUACCUACAGCGAUCACAACUACCGCAAGAGUGGCUAUGAGGGUUAAACCUAUGGAAAAGGUCAAAGUGGAUACAGUAAAUGAAAAGACAACAGAGCAAGUUUUGCAACAAGAAACAAAUAGAGAAUCUCAAUCAAACCUAAAGAAUGAAGGGGGUGAAGGGAGACUGUGUCCUCGACUGGCACCAUUGUAUCAUGGUUACUAUGAGUCAGUACCUGGCCUCACUCCUGAAACAGUGGAGUUCUUCUGCAACCAGUCGUAUGCUCUGAGUGGCAGCCAUCGCAGGACGUGUCAGACUAAUGGCUCCUGGUCUGGCAUACAGCCCGUCUGCAUUAGAGCAUGCCGAGAGCCCAAAGUAUCUGUGCUGGUCAAACAGAGAGUUCUUCCUCCCCACAUCCCUUCCAGGAAAACACCUGUGCAUAAGUUUUAUUCUUCUUCUGGGGCAACCAAUUUCUUAAGGGAAGUGUGGCCCACCCAGACCCCUUUCAGCCUCCCCCCACUCCCACAGGGCUUUCACCAUCUCUACACACACAUUGAGUACGAGUGUAUGUCCCCGUACUACCAGCACUCUGGAAGUGCGCGCAGAACCUGCCUGAAGAUGGGGAAGUGGAGUGGACGUCAUGUCUCUUGUUCACCAGUGUGUGGGAAGCUGACGAACUUUGACCCUCAGAACCCAGCAGAAACUAAAUGGCCCUGGCUGGCUGCCAUCUACCGUUUGCCUGUUGCAAGCAAACUAGGGAAGUUAAGUGUGACGAGGACAAUGGGGAAAAGCACCGGGCCGAUGGAAGAAGAGAGUGACAUGGAUGGUUGGCAGCUUGUUUGCAGCGGAGCCCUGGUGAACCAGCGCAGUGUGGUGGUCGCUGCCCACUGUGUCACAGAGCUGGGGAAGUUAUAUCCACUUGACACGGCCAAACUCCGAGUCGUGCUCGGCAAACAGUAUCGCAGCGAUCUGAGGGUGACCAAGGGACUGCAGCGAUUACGGGUUUCCUCCAUCACUCUCCAUCCAAACUAUGAUCCCCUGGUGCUGGACUCGGAUGUGGCCGUACUGAAGCUCUUGGACAAGGCUCGUAUCGGAGAACACGUGAAGCCGAUCUGCCUUCCGAACGCUCAGGAUCCGGUAGAAGACUCCGGGCCGGGGAUGGUGACAGGCUGGUCCCUCGUACCUGACCGAGAGGCUGGAAAUGUUGAGAAAGCACGCGUGGGCCGUGUGAUUCUGGGCGAUAUUGUUCACUGUGAGCAGCAAUAUGCCAAUCACGGUGUUCCUAUCAGUGUGUCUGAAAACAUGCUGUGUGGGCGCCAGGGUGCGGGCGCUGGUCAGUCCAACAUCUGCCCUGCCGACACUGGAGGGAUUCUCAUCUUCCCAGUCUCCAGUCCCACACCUCCACAAGGACAGGGUUCACAAGAGUGGAAACUUUCAGGGUUGGUCAGUUUCGGAUAUGAUUCUUCAAACUGCAACCCAGAGCUUUACACCGUGUACACUAACGUUGCUAAUUUUGUCAACUUUAUAGAGGGGAAUAUGACAUAGGCUGACAUGCAAUAUUACAUCUAGUCUCUGUCUCAUUUAUAUUACGUCAUGCAUUUCCUUCUAUCCCUUAUAAUUCUGCAUAAUGGGGUAAUGUAUACACUGGACGAUGCAGUGCACAGAUGUAUAGGACAUGGACUUGUACUUUAAACAUUAAGUCCGAACACAACAUGAACAUCUGCCAGCUCUUUCUACAGUAUGUGCUGGCCUCGACUUCUCAGGUGAUGUAAAAUGAGUCACAUCUAGUGAUAGUUGGUUUGCCUAUAAAUCUUUAAAUUGUACAUAAAUUGUAAAAUUGUAUUUACGGAAUGUAAUAAGCAUUAUCGAAAGGUGUACAUAUUUACAUAUAAUAACAUAUAUUGUCAUUGGUCAGAGUGUAACUCAUAGUAAUAUGGACUGCAGUGACAUUGUCUCUGAGGAGGCAAGUGAAAAAUAAAAGGGGAAAUGAUUAACACAACAAAAUGAAAACUAAUCAAAUAUUACAACACCACAUUUUUCGAAAAUGACAGUUCAUCUGCUACAAUUUCAGAGCUAAUUCUUAGAAGUCGUUAAAGUGUGAUCAGAAUAUGAGGAAAGCAGCGCCUCUAUUGAGCUAGGAUUGGCCUCUUGUCCGAAUCUAAAUAAACUGGAAACCGUUUUAGCAAGCGUUCGUCUCAGUUCAAUGAAUUGAUGUACCUUAUUGCCUGUGACUACUUCUGAUGUCUACAGAGGAUAUAUUGUGUAAUGUUUCAAACAACAGUGCAAGUUAACACUCUCAUAUAAUACUUUACUGAGGUCCAUGAUGGAGGCUUGAGACUCGAGUCGAUUAUCUAGUCAUUCUUAUCUAAUCGAGCUGACUAUCAACUUGACAUGACCAUCUAACCAAAUUGGGACCCUUUUUUUUUGCCAAUUUUUCUUUUCAAAGCUAAAGAAAUGAAUCUGCAGCCAUCUGCAUGUUUGAAGUGAAUAGAAACUGAGGCAGUAUUAAGGUGAUGGAGGCAUGCUGAGAUAAGUAGCUGUUUAAAAGCCCUUGUGAUGUGAUGAACAUUUAAAUCUUCUUUUAAUAAAAAAUGUAAAAACUUUAGAAUAUUAAGCAAUAUAGAAUUGGUUGCUUGUUGGUAGUGUAAGGUAAACGUUACUUUAACCAGAAACUGUGUAAGUAACACCAGCAUGUUCUUUAUAGACAGGUUACAGUCAAAUGCAUAUGCAUUCGAGCAGAUCCAUGCAAAUGUCAACCUUAGCAUGAAAAAAUAAAGUUUUUACCAAACAAAA